CCGCCCUGUGAGGGGAGCGGGGCGCGGAGGAUGCGGCAGUAUCGGCCCAUUCCCCCCCGCGCCCCGCUCCCCUCAGGGUGCUCUCGCAGCACCACGAAUGCUUUAAUAGCCCACACCGAGCAGCGACCUCUCCGAAGGAACACCCCCCCCUCCGCCGUCGAUGAGGGGGGAGCUCGGUGGCUACAGCCGCCGGCGGAACUUGAGCGGUGUGGUACGUGUUGCCCCGCCGGGCCCGGAAGCGGCGGGACUCGCUGUUACCUCAGCGUCGAGGAGUCGGUGAAGGAAGGAGAGGGGUUUGAGGCGGCUGCGCUUAUGUUUCAAACCUGUUAACUGCCUUACUGGACGUGAAUUCUUCAAGUGUACCAGUAUGGCUCUGGCUGCCACGUUGCUGCACAACGCCUACUUCUGUGGGAGAUGCUGCAGGUACAAAGCUUUGCAGCCCUUCCUUGGACCUCUCCUCAGCGAUCCUGUGUCAAAAGCAUACAGCAGCUACAGGAGGCCAGGGUCACAGCCUGAGAAAAAAUCGACUUGGCAAAAUGUGGAUCUCAGUUUUAAGAAGAGCAUUGAAGUCUUAAAGACCCAGCUGAGCAUGCUGAAGGAGGAGACCAAAGAUCACUUAAUUGGACCUGGAGGCCAGUCAUUAAGCCAUUACCUGUUGGAACAGACAAGGGUGGUGUGGGAGUUUCGAAGCCAAGAAGAUUUAAAUAAAUGGAUUAUUUCCUCUGAUGUAGAGAUUGGAGGGAAAAGUGAAGUUUACCUCAAAUUGGGUAGGAAUAAUCAGGCUGCCAUGCUGUAUGGAACCCUCAAUACAGAAGUACCUCGUGAUGGGGAGACAAAAUACAGUGGAUAUUGUAGUAUGAGAGCUAAACCACUAGUGGGAUCUUUUGCUAGGAAGAAGUAUUACGACUGGUCCAACUUCAACUGUCUGUAUUUACGUGUGCGUGGUGAUGGCAGACCCUGGAUGGUAAACAUUUACACAGACCCUUACUUUUCUCAUCAAAAGGAUGACCUCUACAACUACUUCAUGUUCACCCGUGGUGGCCCGUACUGGGAGGAGAUAAAGAUUCCAUUCUCCAAAUUCUUUCUCUCCAGUCGGGGAAGAGUCCAGGAUGACCAGCAUCCUGUCUGGUUGGACAAGAUUAGUACCCUGGGAUUCACUAUUGGAGAUAAAGUAAAUGGUCCGUUCCAGCUGGAAAUUGAUUUUAUUGGUCUGCUGAACGAUAGAGCUCAUACAGAAGAAUUUGCCUACGAAACAUAUGAGAAGAAUCCUCCACUCUAAGCUGAGCAAAUGGCUUUUGGGACGUCCUUCAGGUGCUUCAUUCAUUUCUAUAAAACUUACAGUAACUUGAAGAUUCAAAGUAGAUGUUAAAGAGAAGCGCAUAAAGUGUUGACUGUAGUAAUCUGACUUAGAGUGGCAUCUUCAAGCUGCCAGACACAGGAUGCUGGAGGGACUGUACAUACAUGGACUGGAACACAGCCUGAGAAGAGGGGUGACCCGGUAGGAACUGGUGCCUGGGUAAGUUCUGGCUUCUGUCCUGACCUUCACAGAAAUAAAAGUAUUUCACGAGCUUCUUGUA